GAUUUUUCUGUGAUAAAUAGAGAGUAUGUUUACAUAUAGUCAUUGAAGAAAACUAAGGUAGGAAGUUCAGAGUUUGAGGAUAAGAAGUAGUUAAGGUGUCAAGAGAUGGGUAGGGAUGGGAGCAUUAUUCCGGUGGAUGACGGUUCCGGCCGCGGUGGUUCAUUGACGAAGAAGAUGCCAGAAUCAAGGAGCUGGUUGCAGUUAGAUGCUUUGGGUCAAGAAAUGAAUAUGGAGGCGGACAAGUACGUGAUCAUGAACCGGGUUCAAAUCCACGCUCGCGAUAUUCGUAUCAUCGAUCCUUUUCUGUCUUACCCUUCCAAGAUUCUUUCUCGUGAAAGAGCCAUUGUUCUCAAUUUGGAGGUUUUGAUUCUAAAUCCAAUGGAUGAAAACGUAAUUCCCAUUGUAGAAGAACUUAGACGGCGAUUGCCUCUAGGAAAUGGUGGAGAAUCAUCCCCUAACGAGAUCGAAACAGAAGAAGAAUAUGAAAAUCCAUUUGAACUCAGGGCAUUGGACGUAAUUUUAGAGGCGAUUUGUAGUCACCUUGAUGCCCGCAGUACAGAAUUGGAGACUGCUGUUUACACCGCUCUAGAUAUGCUUACAUUAAAGAUCACCCAUCGUAACUUGGACAAACUUCGAAAGCUGAAGAAUCAAAUGACUAGGUUAACUUCUCGCGUGCAAAAGGUCAGGGAUGAACUUCAUGAUCUGCUUGAUGAUGAUCAUCUGAUGUCCACGCUUUAUUUGUCAAGAAAAUUGGGUGCUGUAAAUUGGUCCAUGUCCAUUCACCAUCCUAAAACAGCCUCGAAAACAACCAAACCAAGCAGGGGAAGUGCUUUAGUUGGUGAUUUUGGUGAUGAUAAUGAUAUCCAAGAGCUUGAAAUGUUACUUGAGGCUUAUUUCAGUCAAAUUGAUAACACAUUCGACAAGUUAGCCAGGGUACGUGAUUAUAUUGACAGCACCGAAGACUACUUAAACAUUCAGCUUGACAACAGGCGAAAUAAGCUCUACCAGCUGGAUCUUUUUUUCAAUGCUGGAGUUGUAGCCUUGGCGAUUAAUGCCAUUGUAUCUGGAUUCUUUGGUAUGAACUUCAAUUUUACCUGGAGCUUGGACGGUUAUGGAUACACCUUCAAAUGGGUGGUGGUAUUUUCAAGCCUUUUGACUGCGGUUGUAUUUAUAUUGAUCGUCGAAUAUGCUCGGCACAAAGGACUAUUUGGAGCAUGGACUAAUUCGUAAUGACGAUACAAAUACGUAUGAUCUAUCAUUAGAGGAGUUAUUAAAUCAAUAGUUAGAACACAUUCUACAUUAUCAAUGUUUUCUGAACAACAUUCAUGUCUUAAUUGGAUGUUUUAAGGUCUGUGUUUUUCUUUUGUAAAAUUAUAAAAAAAUAAAAAUAAACUAAUGGAUGUGAGUUUAAUUUAAUCAGUCCCAUUAAUUUUUUCAGUGAGGAGAUAAUAAUUACUAUUUGC